AUGGACGUCGCUCUCGAAAUUCUGGACCCUUUGGUCUUCGACAAGGCGUAUGCCUACUUUGUCCCGGCUCUCACAGCGUCCGCCAACGCGACUGGAUAUUCCAAUCUCGAGCUUCCGACCUCUCCGCUAGCAUAUGGGUCGGCUUGGGCGCGAGAUGACAUUCUUCGCCAAUGCAUCUCCAUCCUCAUAGUUACGCAGGUCGGCGCCACCUCCCUGUACUGGGUUUUCAGCGCCUUUUCCUACUUCUGGGUUUUUGACCGUCGCCUCGAAUACCACCCGCGUUUCCUCAAGAAUCAAGUGCGACAGGAGAUGAUCUCAUCAAUGAAGGCCGUCCCAUGGAUCAACAUCAUGACGCUUCCCUUCUUCCUUGCCGAGGUUCGCGGGAAGAGUCUGCUGUAUACAAACGUCGACGAUUACGGCUGGUCUUGGAUGGUGGCCUCAACCGUCAUUUUUAUGAUCUGGAACGACAUUCUAAUCUACUGGAUUCAUCGCCUCGAACAUCAUCCCAGCAUCUACAAAUACGUACACAAGCCUCACCACAAAUGGAUUGUCCCGACUCCUUGGGCCGCCUUGGCUUUCCACCCCGUUGAUGGUUAUGUCCAGUCUCUCCCUUAUCACAUCUUCGUUUUCAUCUGCCCCGUGCAAAAAUAUCUCUACUUCAUCUUGUUCGCACUUGUUCAGAUCUGGACCAUCUUCAUCCACGACGGCGACAUGAUCACCGGCCACUGGCUAGAAAAGUACAUCAAUAGCCCCGCCCACCACACCCUUCACCACAUGUAUUUUACCGUCAACUACGGCCAAUACUUCACGUGGGCCGACAGCUUUUUCGACUCGCACCGCGCUCCUGCCCCGAGCUUGAUCCCUCCACGAAGCUUUGAGGGUCAUGAAGGAGAAGGGCCUGGUGGACGAGAACGGCAACCCAAUCAAUCAGAAGCCAAAGGCGGAGUAGUUUGCCAGAUGGGAAGAGUCGAUCCGAUCCGGGGAUGGGGAAAGAUGAUGCACAGGAUCAAACUAGCCUGUCCCGUCACCGUCACCAAGGAGGAUCCAGAGCUCAAGGCAACGCUAAUUGUGGGCCAAGCUCGAAACCCCGCCGGUAUCCACGUCGUGAACCAAGCUAUGGGGCCUUGCAUCACCCUUGGCGGCGAGAAUGGCGUACAGGUGGGCCGCUUGGUGACUCCCCGCGACAACAAGGUUCUUGAGCAAGGGCGGUUCACCACGCUCGGUCUCGCGGGGUGCUGGUGCUAUUUGGUCGUCUACGCCGCAAACGGAUAUAUCUUCCCCAGCUUCAAGGACCUCGAGGGCAGGGUGAAUCUGGGGAAGCCAGCUUUGGAUUGGACACUUUGCGUCGAGCGGCGGCUCCCCGGCCGUGGUCUUGGGAAAAGCGCCCGUUCAGCAAGGUGA